AUGCAGCUUCUUGCGUUACACUUGGCAUUCACUGUACAUGCUUUGGAGGAUGAGGCUGUUCUUGAAGACUGGAUCCUCCUCCAUGUAGUCCAGGUUCAGAUUGGAGCUGGGAACUACAACUAUUUAUGACUAAACUCUUCUGGAAAGAUUAUACUUGAAAUGAAAAGUUUAAUGGGCAAUGCAGAUUUGUACUUUUCUGACACAACCCUGCAUCCCACCUUUGAUGAGUAUAAUUUACAGUCUAUGACAUGUGGAAAUUGUGAUUCAUUUGAUCUUUUGGAAUUUGUCCUCAGGAAUAAACAUGACCAGCUGAUAAUAAAUUCCACCACACCUUCUACUUGUCAAAGGGAGGCAGAGAAAAAGGAAGAUAUAAUUCUAGAUGACAUGUCAUUCCAGGAAGCGUUCUUGCAGUUCAUUGUGCAAGUCUUGACCUUAUGA